UCGUACCAUUGAGUUAUUCCGUUUAUAAAUAUCGUUCGGAUUCUAUCAUAAUGACGCAGUCAGUGGGACUGAGUUUCGCGUGCAUCAUGAUUAUCAUAAAGACACUCGUUCUUCGAGUACAUCGGAAGAAAUGUCAGGUAGGAGGAUGUGAAAAAAUGGGAUGACGAUGGGAGUGAAAAGGGUGCACAGAGCGGAAUAUUUCGAGCCGGAAGUUGAGAAUUUCUCAAUUUUUUUAUUAUUAUUAUUUUUUUCAUUUUAUUUCCCCUGUGGUGACGUUCCUUUACUUUCGAGCAUAUUUUUUUUGAUCAAGCUGCUGAUCGAUGAGAUGGAAGAUUUUCUGAAUAACUGUAACGACAAGGAGAAGCGAGUGCUCCAAAGUUACGUCGACAAAUGUUGGAUCUUUUACGGAAGCAUUACGAUCGUUAAUUACUUAGGGGCUGUGCCCGUCAUAUUCGGUCCAUUCGUUUUUCCCCAUCAGCGUUUUCCAACCUUCGCAGUCUACCCAUUUCCCGUCGAAUCUGGCCUCACCAUGUAUCUCGUUUUCCUCCACCAAUGCUUCACCGGACUCCAAGUCUCGGCAGCUUUCACCAUCGACUGUCAAAUGGCUCUGCUGAUGUGGUUCGCCGGUGCCAGACUCGAAAUUCUUGCCAAACAAGCCGCGGAUGUCAAUGACCCUGAAAAAUUUCGUUCCUUCGUCGAAAAACACCAACGACACUUGACCUACAUCGAUCAAGUCGCCGGCACCAUGUGCUACAUUGCACUCGCUACCACCUUUAUCUGCAGCCUUGCCUCGGUCAUGUUCUCCUUGCAACUCAUCGGCAACCAACCGCUCACUAUCAGAAUGCAGUACGGACCUGCAACGGUCGUUGCACUCGUGAAUCUUCUGAUCUGCGCCUGGCCUACGGAAAACGUGAUCAGAGUGUGUGAUUUGGUAGGAAUAAAUGUUUACAACACUUCCUGGUUCAACGUCUCACCAAAACUGUCGAGAGGCUUGAUCAUGAUUUUGCAGAGGUCGCAACGAGGCACCCGCGUCUCGGUCGGUGGCUUCCUCCCCGGGCUAUCAUUUCGCUUUUAUGCUUCGUUCCUCUCCGCUGUGUUCUCAUACUUUACGACCAUUCGCCUCGUCAUCACUUCCGAUGGAGAAGCGUGAAUAUUUUCGAGUCCGUUUCUUCACCGCGGGGACCCGGAAACACCAUUUUUUCUCAAUUUUCACAACGAAUGAAAACUCAGCAAUGAAAAUAUUAUAGUGCAUCAAUUUUUCAAAUAAAAGUUCCU